UGGGAUCUGGAAAGCGUAUAUUUGGACCUUGGGAAUAAAACAAGACCGGACGGCUGAGACGUGGUGUGUUCAUUCGCACAUCAAAAUGAAAGAGAUUACAUUUGUGAGGCAAUCCAUUUACUUGUAAAUCACUCUGCUAGUGAAGCAAGCGAAUGUGAGAGGGACAGCAGCAGCAGCAAAUGUCAUCUGCUCUUUCAACUUGGGGAGGGCUUUGGAGUUUAAAAUGGUGUGAAUAUGAUAGCCGUAGCCAUCGGAAUAGCUUAAGCAAGUGGAGAUCUGUCUGCACCAUUGAAAGUUGACAGUUCAGAGGCACUAAUCUGACAAAAGGACGGUGUAAAUCAACAACCGCACAACGUUUUUGGAUACAAUACCAACCAAAGCAGUUGGGGGAGCUUUAAAAAAAAGAAGGGCACCUUUAAAGUCCUCGUGCGGCCCGCAUGAGACAAGAAAGUUGGGAGGACGCCUCGGGCAAAAGGGCAAAGGGGGGAGACGCUGAGGGAGGUGAGUGACGGAUUUACCCUCGGAGGGGUAAAAAGAUGACCGUGGUGUCCCAGGAGAACCACGACGACACUGUGGUCGUAACGCCCCUGCUGCAGGAUGCUGUCGAUGUGGAACCAGCGGACCAGGAGUGCAGCGAGCGGGUGGUCAUCAACAUCUCCGGCCUGCGCUUCGAGACGCAGCUGAAGACCCUCUCGCGCUUCCCGGCCACGCUUCUGGGAGAUCCGCGCAGACGGAUGCGCUUCUUCGACCCGCUGAGAAACGAGUACUUCUUCGACAGGAACAGGCCGAGCUUCGACGCCGUCCUCUAUUAUUACCAGUCGGGGGGGCGGCUCCGGAGGCCCCUGAGUGUGCCUGUGGAUAUUUUCCUGGAGGAAUUGCGGUUCUACGAAAUCGACGAAGAGGUCAUCGAGAUGUUCCGCGAGGACGAGGGUCUGGCGGUGGAAGAGGACCGCCCGCUGCCCAACAACGUGUAUCAGCGCCAGCUGUGGCUCCUGUUCGAGUAUCCGGAGAGUUCGGGGCCGGCGCGGAUCAACGCCAUUGUGUCGGUCAUGGUUAUUUUAAUAUCCAUCAUCAUAUUCUGCUUGGAGACUUUACCCGAGUUUAGAGAAGUGCCCGCAGUGCCGGCCAAUCACGUCAAUGGAAGCGCCCACGGCCAAGAGCCCAGUCCGUUCACGGAUCCCUUCUUCAUGGUGGAGACGCUGUGCAUCGUGUGGUUCUCCUUUGAGUUCACCAUGAGGUUCCUCUCGUGUCCCAGCAAAGCAGCUUUCUUUAAAAACAUCAUGAACCUGAUCGAUGUUGUGGCCAUAGCUCCAUAUUUCAUCACCCUGGGCCUGGAUCUUGCGGAGCACCAGGGCAGCAGUCAGCAGGCUGCGUCUCUGGCCAUACUGAGGGUCAUCCGUCUGGUGCGUGUUUUCAGGAUUUUUAAACUUUCCAGACACUCGAAGGGUCUCCAGAUUCUCGGCCAAACGCUCCACGCGAGCCUCAGGGAGCUGGGGCUGCUCAUAUUCUUCCUGAUUAUUGGAGUAGUUUUAUUUUCCAGUUCGGUUUAUUUUGCGGAAGCAGAAGACCCCGAGUCGGUGUUUACAAGCAUACCCGACGCGUUUUGGUGGGCCGUGGUGACAAUGACCACGGUGGGAUAUGGGGACAUGUGUCCCACUACCAUCGGGGGGAAAUUCGUUGGAUCCCUGUGCGCCAUCGCCGGGGUGCUAACCAUUGCUUUGCCCGUCCCCGUCAUCGUGUCAAACUUCAAUUACUUCUACCACAGGGAGAACGAGGAUGAAGAAAACGUCGUGUACGUGCACGUGACAUGCGGACAGCCGCAGCAGCAGCAGCAGCCUUCCUUAAGGGAAUGUGAUUCAAUCAAAAGUGACCAGUCGCUUUCCAAAACGGAGUGCUCUCAGGGGAGCGACGACUUAGAAGCUUUGAAAUAUCCAAACAAAACCCCGGUGGAGACACACGUAGCGAGACUGACAGAUGUUUAGAACCUUGGGAUACCUGUUUCCGGUGAGGUGACAUUGGGUGGACAUAUCCGACAAUUUAGGCUCCUUCACAUUGGAUGGUGCAGUGUUUUUGUUGUUGUUGCGCAAACUGUCUAUGGUGGUUGGUGAAUUGUGAGUGCUAGAACUUCAUGCAUACUCCUACACCAAGGGGAGGAUUUUCUUUAAUUCACUCCUUGGCGAGUGAAAACCUUUUGGGUAAUAAUCAAUUAGGAGCUGCGCACCAACGCGUAAAACGUAUAUGAGACGCUCCACGUGGAAUAUUUGAUUUUAAUAUUACGAUAACAAACUUCUCAACCUUUUAAAGGAAAGUAAAACAUCAAACGAUAAAAUGAAUGUAGAGAGAUUCACUUAUAUAUUUAAUCUCUUAUUUUAGACAAACAUAUAUAUUUAAAAAGCUGGAGCUAACGCACGAACCCAACUUUGCUUUCCUAUUUCUGAGAAGAUCCAUCACACAUCCUAUCAUAUUCCUAACGUCCAGACGUUCACGUAGAAGAGGAGAGAUCAGCCGUGCGUCAAAGGGCCCGCGCGACGCCCCUGGCCACCAGGAGCGAACAGCAAACAUGCCAUAAUCAUGGGAUUCUUUUCCUAAAAUGGACACAGAUCACUACGAGAGAUAGAACACAAAUCAACUGUUUUUCGUAGCUUGUAAAUAAUCUUUCAUAUGACUCGGAUCAGAAGAAAUGAGCACCGAGCGCCACUCUGUGGAGGAUAAACAUCCCUGCAGACAAAGCUUGUGCCCAAGCUCAACUUGUAAAAAGGAUAUUUCAGCAUAUCUUUGUUGCAACUGGCAUUGACUGAUUUAGGCACAAGCCUCUAAGAGCCUGCUAUGUUACUCUGUAUGCCUCCGGAUGUUAAGUAUGAGGUCAGCAGAGGUCUGGCUGCUUUAUCUCACUGUUCAUUUAGUGGGUUUUGUUUUUUUCUGUUUACUCAUAGCAUGCAGACAAAUACAAACCGUCUUUCCCUUAAAGUCACAACAUAAUACAACGUGGUAUUUUCUUCUUCUCAAUUGGAUCAUUUUCUGGCUGAUAUCUGUGCAUUGGCAGUGUUUCCAGAGAACUAAUGGAGGAAACUCUUUGGGAAGUUCAGUCUCCCUUUAUAGAGACCGUGUUUAUUAUCAAAAGAAAAACGACAUUCUUUUUAUGUCGGCUUUAUUAAUGACCACGCUUUAUUUCUAUAAAAGCCCUUUGUACACUGUAAUUUUGUAUUACUUAAUUUUCCCGUUUCUUAUGCAGUUUUAAAUGCAAAGUUGGAAUCGCAACUUACCCACGUGUCAUUCAGAUUUAUUGCAGCAUGUUGUAAACGACAACAUAAGCACAUUGCAACGUAACGUCUGCAUGACACGAGUGCUUUUAAAUGUAAUGAUUAUAUAUUUAUUUUUCUAAUUUAAACAUGUAUGUGAACUUAACUUAAUCGUUUUAUAAAUAAAUCAUGAAUUAGAAAAUAUUCCACUUGUUAU